GUGAGGGGGCGGCACAGGUGCUGCCAAGCGGACACACGGAGGUAACACAGCCGCUGAAUCACGUCCUCAUCCCCGCAGAGCUGAGCCCGAGCAUCGGGGGGGGAUGGAUGUCUCUGGUAACGUGGAGGUGAUUGGACAAAAUAAGAAGAUGUGAGCUACUGGGGAUAACUCAGCAGGGAUGGGAAUGAGGAGCCCUGUAGGGUCAGAGUCGACAGCAGGGGGUCUUUAGGGGAUAAGUGGGGGUGUAUGUGACCGACAAGACUUGGUGAAGGAGAAAAUAGACCACUCCAUCUGUCUCAAAUCCGCCCUGCUGCUGACCCGCACUCUGGAGACUGUGGUCAGCUCCACGGUCACAUGGUGAUGGCGAAAGCCUUAAAACCCCCCGAGCCACAAGCCCGAGACCCCAGUCAUCUCUGAAACACCAGCUGGUCUUGGUGUUCCUCCUGCCUUCUCUUGCCUGGACAGCUUCCCGAGGGCCCAUCAUGUCCGACACUGAGGAAUUUGUGGAGGAGAAUGAGCAGGAGGAGGAAGAAGAAGAAGAAGAAGAAGAGGAGGUGAAUGAGGAAGAAGAAGAGGAGCAGACGGAUGAUGAAGCGGAGAAAAAAGAGGAGCACGCGGAGGGGAACGAGCAUGAAGAAGAGUCUAAACCCAGACCCAAGACGACUUAUGUGCCAAACAUUGCUCCUCCAAAGCUCCCGGAUGGUGAGAAGGUGGAUUUCGACGACCUCCACCGCAAGAGAGUAGAGAAGGAUUUCAACGACCUCCAGACGCUGAUCGAGGUGCACUUCUCCAACCGGCAGAAGGAGGAGGAGGAACUGUUGGCGCUGCGUAGCCGAAUUGAGCACCGCCGCUCUGAGAGGGCCGAGCAGCAACGCGUCCGCACAGAGAAGGACCGUGAGCGGCAAACGCGGCUGGUCGAGGAGAGGACCAGGCGUGAGGACGAGGCCGCCAAACUGCGCGCCGACGAGGAGGCCAAGAAGAAGAAGAUAUUCACCAACAAGUCCUUUGGAGGCUACCUGCAGAAGGUGGACCAGAAGAAGGGCAAGAAGCUGACAGCGCGGGAGGAGAAGAAGAAGGCCUUGAUGGAGCGCAAGAAGCCGCUCAACAUCGACCACCUGAACCAGGAGAAGCUGGCGGAGAAGGCCCAGGACCUCUGGCAGUGGCUCCACCAGCUGCACGCCGAGAAGUUCGAUCUGUCCGAGAAGCUCAAGAGGCAGAAGUACGACAUCUCCGUGCUCCGAAACCGAGUCAACGACCACCAGAGGGGCUCCAAAGCGUCCAAGACCUCCCGCAGCGCCAAGGGGAAGGCAGGCUCCAGGAAGUGA